CCCAACAUUCCCCAUUCCCCAUUCCCAAUCUCGGCCGGCCCUAGCCGCCGCCGCUGGCCCUUCCCCUCCCUCCGUCCCCUCACCCCGCCGCGCCGCCUUCAGCCUCCUACCCUCCGUCUCCGUCCUCGGGCCGAUCUCCUCGCGCGCCCGCCUAGUCCCGGGAGCCUCGCGCCCGCGGCGGAGCCAUGCCGGCGGCGGGGAUGGGCGGGGUGAUAGCGACGGUGAGCGGAUACCACGGCGACGAGCGGCACAGGCUCGUGAAGCUCAUCUCGGAGACCGGCGCCAGCUACGUCGGCGCCAUGAGCAGAUCCAUAACCCACCUGGUUUGCUGGAGGCUCGAGGGGAAGAAGUACGACAUCGCCAGGAGGCUCCGGGUGCGCAUCGUCAGCCACCGCUGGUUCCAGGACUGCCUCAGGGAGGGGAGGCGCCUCCCCGAGGGCCCCUACACCAUGGAAAGUGGUGAAGAAGCCGGGCCAGUCCCACAGCUGUCUGCUUUGCCAGGCAAGCGGUCCAAGAGAAAUGCAUUCAGGGAGGAUCCAUGCCUUAAAGAGUUACCUUCUGAUUUAUGCAAUACUUCAUAUGCCAGCGAUGUGGUCAAGAUUGAUGAUUCAGAUUCUGAUUGGGAGCAUCAGGGAUGGUCGGGUUCAUCCCUAUUAAAAGAAAAUUUAGUUGUUGCCGGGAAUUCGAAGAAGAUUCGUUCAGGCGAUGUUAAAGGAGGAAAAAAGCAUUUAAAGCGUGAGCGGAAGUCAACUGAUAAAGAUAUCCUACGUCCGCGAGACAAUGCUUCGAGUUUCAGGGAGGAUCCAUGCUUAAAAGAAUUACCUUCUAAUUUAUGCAGUACUUCAUACGCCAGGGAUGUGCUCAAGAUCGAUGAUUCUGAUUCUGAUUUUGAGCAUCAGGACUGGGUGGAAUCAUCCCUAUUAAAAGAAAAUUUAGUCGUUGCCGGGAAUUCAAAGAAGAUUCGUUCAGGAGAUGUUAAAGGAGGAAAAAAGCGUUUAAAGCAUGAGCAGAAGUCAACUGAUAAAGAUAUCCUACAUCUGCGAGACAAUGCUUCAAGUUUGAUGAUAAGAGAAGGCCUUCACACGUCAAGUUAUACUUCGUCUCGGAGCACAUCGAAGCAAAAGGGAAACUUGUCAGGCCUCCUGCGUAAUGAUGUUGUUGGUCAGAUGGGCGAAAGAAAUGAUCCUAUGGGAAAGGGAUCACGAAGCAAGCAUGCACGCUCUCUUAUGGAAUUAUCUGAUGAUAGUUUGUCAGAUAGUUUUGAGGAACGACAAAUGUUUGAUACUUCGACUACAGAAGCCCGGAGAAAAAUGAGGAGCACAAAUGCACCAUCUUUUCGGCAAUCUACCUUGGAAAGCAUAUAUGAUCAUUGUGAAACUAGUAUGCAUGAUUACGAACCAGAAAAGAGUGAAGAGCAAGAAACUAUUGAUUUGGGUGAGAGGUCAAGAAGCUUGCAACCUGGUGAUUUGUCAGGACAUGAACCAUCUUUCUGUACUCAAGAGAAAAUAGAUCAAAGUGACCUUGGUAUCACAGCUGAUGAUGACAAGGGAGAUGAUGAGAAGCCCACCAUGGAAGAAUCAUCGAGCCUGCAAAGACAAGCAGAACUUUCAUGUGUCAUUUGCUGGACUGAUUUCUCUUCCUCGAGGGGCAUCUUACCAUGUGGACAUCGGUUCUGUUAUUCAUGCAUUCAAGGAUGGGCGGAUUGUUUGUCUUCCAGGGGAAAGGUCUCAACGUGCCCACUUUGCAAAGCCAGUUUCUCCUGGAUCAGCAAGGUGGACGAGGCCGGAACUUCAGAUCAGAAGAUAUACUCGCAGACCCCCGUUCCCUGUGGAGCUUCAACCAGCAUCUUCAUGUUUACUGACGAAGGCCACGGCGACUUUCCUGGAUCAUCAUCGUCUGCUGCCCAAGGGGCCUGCUACAUGUGCCACAGCCGUGAGCCCGAAGAGCUUAUACUGAGCUGCCACGUGUGCCGAUCGCAGUGGGUACACUCGUACUGCCUCGACCCUCCACUGACCCCAUGGACGUGCAUACACUGCCGAGAUCUGCGGAGGAUGUACCAGCGCUAUCGCUAGUCCGAGUUCUGGAAUUCCGCGUCUCGACCUCUUGGAUUCUUGGCAUCACUGGGCUGCUGGAGAUUCUUGGGGCAGAUAUACCAAUCGCAGGCGUGUUGGCAUAGCUGAUAAUUAACUUCAGGGAGGAAGAAGCAGAGACAGGAAAAGUGAUGCCGUCAGGCUGUGGCACGCUUUGAGAUUGCAUCUUACUUUAAUUUUUAGCAUAUAUGGGCUGUCAAGGGUCAACAUCUUGUUGAUCUGGACAUAGUGCAAAUGCAUAUGGUACGGUUGCUGCUAGGCUCUAAAUUGUAAACGGUCGUGAGAGUAGUAGCUUCUUUGAAGAUUCAUGCAUGUUGCUAGAAUCUUUUUUCAUAAAAAGAGAGUGUACCUAGUCUUUUCUUCAUUUUAAAUUUUACCUCUGUCCUGGAAAAGUUUGAUAUAUUCAUAUA